AUGACUCUAUGGCGGUUUUCGGUGAACGUCUGUGUGUUGCUUUUGGCGUGCACGUCGUCGGUCAGAUCUGCCAUUGGCCACUCGGGAGUACUGAUUGCGAAACAAAACGAUCUGUUUCCGCUCACACUGAUCCACCUGAACGAUUUCCAUGCCCGGUUUGAGGAGACAAACUUCUACUCGACGCGCUGCAAACCGGACGAGGGUGAACGGUGCAUCGGAGGGUACGCCAGAGUUGUGUCCCGUGUGAAAUCUCUCCGGCAGGAGUACGCCGACCGGAACCCCAUAUAUCUGAACGCGGGUGAUAACUUCCAGGGUACGCUCUGGUACUCGCUGCUCCGAUGGAACGUAACGGCGCACUUCUUGAACAUGCUACCGGCAGAUGUAAUGACCCUCGGGAACCACGAGUUUGAGCAUGGAAUCGGUGGUCUAGUGCCCUUUCUCGAUGUGAUCGAGAGCCCGGUGGUGGUGGCGAAUAUCGACGAUACGGAGGAACCUACUCUGCAAGGGAAGUACCGGAAAAGUAUAGUCUUGGAACGCGGCGGACGAAAGAUCGGCAUCGUUGGAGUCAUCCAUCAUCUGACAAAUACGAUGGGAAUGACGGAGAAGUUGCGGUUCCUCGACGAGGUGGAGCAUCUGCGGACGGAGAUCGAGAGUUUGGUGAAAUCAGGAGUUACCCACAUUAUCGUUCUGUCGCACUGCGGUCUAGAGAUUGAUCGUAAAAUCGCCCGCGAGCUGCCCGAGGUGGAUAUCGUGGUCGGUGGUCAUUCACAUACCUUCCUAUACAAUGGGUCCACCGAGACGUUCCCGGAUCAAGCGGAGGACAGCUAUCCGGUAGUGGUGGAACACCCCACUGGUCAUCGCACUCUCAUCGUGCAGGCAGCAUCGUACGCUAAAUAUGUCGGUCGGAUCACUCUGUACUUUGAUGGGGAAGGAAACAUCCGCGAUUGGGAGGGCAAUCCGGAGUUCCUCGAUGAGUCGGUUCCACUUGAUGCGGUCGUACGAGACGAGCUGGCACCAUGGCGGGAACAGGUCGAUGUUCAAGCAAACCGACCGGUCGGGACAUCCGCCGUAACCUUGUCCAAGGCGGAGUGUUCUCAUGGUGAGUGUAACUUUGGGAACUUCAUCACGGACGGGUACAUCGAUUACUUUGCCACGGAGUUCCAGAAGGCCCCGAAGCCGGAUCAGUGGACGGACGUGGCCAUUACGUUCAACACCGGCGGUGGAAUGAGGACUUCGUUGCGUGAUGGUCAUUUGACGUACGACGAUCUUGCGACAGCCGUUCCUUUUGAGGACACAGUUGAUAGCUUCGAUCUGGAAGGACGCCAUCUGUUGGAAGUCUUGGAGCACAGUGCCUCCCGGUAUGGAACAUCCGAUAUGAUGCAGGUGUCCGGUAUGCGAGUGGUGUACGACCUUCGACGUUCGGAAGGAAGUCGUGUGGUGUCGGUGGCACUACGCUGCCUUGUGUGUAAGACGCCAAAGUACGAACCACUGGAACCGACACGUGUUUAUCGUGUAGCCACCGGAACAUACAUAAGGAACGGUGGAAGCGGAUACACGAUGAUUCCCCAACAUGCCACCAAUCUCAAAGUGGGUCCGGUGGACAUUGCCGUCCUCGAGGGGUACGUGCGGAAGAUGACUCCGGUAAUCGCCGGGAUCGAGGGACGCAUCACCGUUCUCGAGUGA